AUGGAGCUUCUCUUUGCUCAGACUAGAUUCAGCCCCAAUUUUAAGUGUGGCAUUCAAAACAAUCCAGCUGCAGUUAUUGGAGGACCUGAUAUCUAUUUUCACAUGGCAACCAUACUGGACAUCUACACAGUUCCCCAGCUGACCUAUGGCUCUGCUCCAGUCAUGGAUAAAGAGACUCAAGGAGUUUUCUUCCAACAAAUGUUUCCAAAUGAAUCCCAUCAACAUAAGGGCCUCCUCCAGCUUUUGCUAUACUUUAGAUGGAUCUGGAUUGGAGUUCUUGCUGUAAAUGAUGACCAAGGGGAAAAAUUUAUACAGGAGGUGCUCUCCACUUUUUACCAGCAGGGCAUCUGUUUUGAUUUCAUAGAAGAGUUCCCAAAGGUAGAUUUUUACAGUGACUUUACGGAUGUGAUGGACGAAACAUGCAAAACCUACUCUGUUAUUGCAAAAAGCACAACCAAGGUGAUUGUCUUAUAUGGUACAAUGGAAUCCAUGAAUUUUUUGAAAAUGUUAGUGCAGUAUUCAGAAGUGGAGGAUAUGUCAUUGAAAACAAAGGUCUGGAUCAUGAAUGCUGAAAUGGAUUUCACGUCCAUUUCUCUUCAAAGAGAUUGGGAUGUAAAUUUCCUCCAAAGUGCUUUAUCCUUUGCAGUUCAUUCAAAGGAGCUGCCAGGCUUCCAGAAAUUUCUUCUAAUCAGAAAUCCAAGAACAGCAGAACACGAUGGGUUUCUAAAGAAUUUCUGGCAGCAUGCAUUUAGGUGCUUGUUUGACAACUCUCAUCUAGAUAAUAAAGAUGGCACAAUCUGUACAAGGAAGGAGAAGAUGGCAACCCUUCCUGCAUCUGUGUUUGAAUUUAGCACAACUGCCCACAGCUAUAAUGUGUACAAUGCUGUCUAUACUGUAGCUUAUGCUUUGGAGGCAAUGCAUUCAUCAAAACUCAAGCACAACUUUAUUGUGGGGAGAAGAGGGCUCAGGCUUCAGAAUCAGCAACUGUGGCAGGCACAUCCUCUUUCUUUGUGUAAUGAUCCUUGCCAAAGAGGGUAUAGCAAGACCAAGAAGGAAUCAAAACCAUUUUGCUGCUAUGAUUGCGAUCCAUGUCCAGAAGGAAAAUUUUCAAACAAAGAAGAUAUGGAAGACUGUUUUCAUUGUCCAGAAGGUCAUUAUUCAAACCAUGACAAAGAUGCAUGCAUUCCAAAACACAUAACUUUCUUAUCCUAUGAAGAACCCUUAGGGAUCAGUUUAGCUAUUUGUGCUCUUUCUUUUUCUUUUACCACAGCUCUGGUGCUUGGGAUCUUCAUUAAACACAAAUGCACUCCCAUUGUAAAAGCCAACAACUGGAAUCUCACCUACAUUCUCCUCGUUUCUCUCCUCCUCUCUUUCCUUUGUGUUUUAUUAUUUAUUGGGAAACCUGAUAAGAUUGUGUGUCUCCUUCAACAACCUGCUUUUGGAAUCAUCUUCUCCAUGGCAGUUUCUUGUGUGUUAGCCAAAGCCUUUGUUGUGGUCCUAGCUUUUAUGGCCAUUAAGCCAGGAUCUAGAAUGAGAAAAUGGGUGGGGAAAGCAAUGGAGAGUUUCAUUGUUCUUUUUUGUUGCCUUGUUCAAACCACUAUCUGCAUCAUAUGGUUGGCAAUUUUUCCACCAUAUCCAGAUUUUGAUAUGCACUCAAUGUCUGAAGAAGUCAUCAUGGAGUGCAGUGAAGGGUCAGUCACCAUGUUCUACUGUGUGUUAGGUUUUAUGGGUUUUCUUGCGCUGGUCAGUUUCUCUGUUGCUUUUCUAGCUAGGAAGUUACCUGAUAGUUUCAAUGAAGCUAAAUUCAUAACUUUCAGUAUGUUGGUCUUCUGCACUGUUUGGUUAUGCUUUAUUCCUACUUAUAUAAGCACAAGAGGAAAAUACAUGUUGGUUGUGGAGGUCUUCUCCAUGAUCUCCUCCAGUGCUGGCUUAUUGAUGUGUAUUUUUUUUCCCAAGUGUUUUAUCAUUGUGAUGAGACCUGAAUUGAACAAUAAGAAUCAGAUAAUGAAAAAAAAGUUUUAA